UUGCAGCGAUACACUGGGUAGUAUCUGGACAAACACAUAGUUUUGCAAAGUGAAAGCUUUGCAUAGGCGAUCUGUUUCUAAUGCAGAUGUGUGACUUCUAAGCGGAAUUUUGAGCUCACAUUUUGCUCCAUUUUACACUUCGUCGUGCUUUAGAUAAACAACACAUCACUACGCUGUGUGCAAGAAAUAAGGCUAUUUAAAUAACAUGUCGAACGGCAGCCUGUUCUGCAUUUUUAUUGGUUGAUUCUGCGAGAAGAGGGCGGGGCAUACAACUAAGAUUCAGCCUAGACAGAGUGCGACCUGUCAUUCAAAUUCAAUGAUUCGACUUACAACGGUAACACACAGAGUCACCGAAAAUAACCUACUCAGUAAUUUUGGGGACGCUGAAGAAGUCUGACUCUCAUAUGUGCAAUUGUUGACUUUUUCCUCAGGCUGAUGAGGCACGGGACGUUCAAAAAGUGCCAUGUGAGUUCAUGUCGACAACCAAGGCAUGCCGAAUGCACUGAUACAAUGUAACGGAUUCUAGAAUCAUUCCGCUGUGCUGGCAGUGAUUGACACUUUUAACCGGACCGUUGAAGUCCUUCAAGAAGGAGUGGCUCUCCUCUGGUCUCAUUGUGCUGUGAAUUGUUUGGUUUUGAAUAAUAGAUGAUGAGAAGAAUCCAGGGGUGUGUCUGUCUCAGGAUCUUAUCAGAGAGUCAACAGGACAUUGAGUACAAUAUAUGUUGGGUAAAGGGUCAAAGCGGAAACUAGAUGAGGAUGAAGAGGGCCUGGAAGGCAAAGCGUUGGCGGCAGGGGCCGGAGCAAUGACCGACGGCCUCUCUAAGGUCUCCUACACACUGCAGAGGCAGACAAUCUUCAACAUGUCCCUGAUGAAGCUGUACAACCAGCGAGCACUUACCGAACCCAGCCUGGAAAAGCGUGUGCUCAUCAACAACAUGUUGAGGCGCAUCCAGGAUGAGCUAAAGCAAGAGGGCAACCUACGGCCACUCUUCUUUCCCCCCUCCCCUCCGCCAGACGACCCCGUGGACGAAAGUUUCCGCGAGGCACAACCUGCCUUCAGCGUGCUGUCUAUGGUGGCACCACCGCUGUCCCAGUCUCCCGCACUCUCCGCUCCGGUCCUUAUGUCCCCCUCGCCAGGACUGUCAAACCCAGCUCCUCUGGAGGCCUGUCUUACCCCAGCGUCACUCUUAGAGGAGGACAGUGUCACGCUUUGCAUAUCACACACUCCGCUAGCUUCUCCUCCUCUGCCCAGACUCCCUCCCUCAGUGGCCAGAGACAGCUUCUCAUCUGCCCUGGAUGAGAUUGAGGAACUCUGUCCGUCUCCCUUACCACCAACUACAGCAGUGCCCGGUGCUACCUCUCCCCCUUCCUCCCCUACAGUGGCCCUCCACAUGCCAUUGUUGCCCCCCACCUUAAACUCAGGGGACUCCAAAGACUGCUGUAAGCCUUGCAGCCCAAAGCUUGAAGGGCUGGUCCCGUUGCCUGAGGAACAGCCUGCAGUCCCCAAUGCGCCAUCCAGAUUGCUGGAGUCCCUUCCUCCUAACAGCCUGGACAUGAACACCUCACCCACCUCCUCGUCCUCAGGCUUUCUAACAGAUCUGGCCCUGGACGACAUUCUCUUUGCAGACAUUGACACCUCCAUGUACGACUUUGACCCCUGCACCUCUUCCUCAGGUGCUGUCUCUUCAAAACUGGCGCCCAUGGUGACAGCAGACGAGCUCCUCAAGACUCUGUCUCCGUACAGCGGUGCUACUCCUGCGGUCACCUCAAACCAGCCUUUUAAAAUGGACCUCACUGAACUGGAUCAUAUUAUGGAGGUGCUUGUGGGAUCAUGACCAGGUUUGGAGGGAAUUGGGGAAGAAAUGCAAAAACAAUCAAAUAAUUUUUUGUACAGACUGCGAAUGGAACUUAAGAAUCACUUUGUGAGUGUUUUUGUACAGUUUUUAAAGACAAGGAAAUUGAAAUUUUUAUAGUGAAGUUGCCCAGUACUACUUCUCAACACUGUGCAUGCACUGUGCUUGCCUUUUCCAAAAAUGAACAUGAAGAAAUCUAUGGAACAAACUUUGGCUUCUGGCAGAUCUGAGUGCCUUCAUCAUUUAUGACCACUUGGUAAAUUCUGGUCUAUUCAUCCUUGUCUCUUAUCAUUUCUAAUCAAACAAGACAAAUCAUCAGAGGAGGAGUAGUAUCUUUCUUCCCCCUCCUCAGCGGACAGAUGCAAGAAUGUGCAAUGACAGCCCUAUUUUGUUCUUUCAUUUUCACAAAGCACAAUGAUUUUUAAAAGAGGAACUUAUUUUGUGUUCAUGUUUUUCUAUACAGAGCUAAUGCUUCUAGAAAUUUUAGUAAUAUUUAAAGUGUUCUGUUAUUUUGCUGUCAGUCAUUCAUUCAUUUUCGUCUGCUUCCAUUUUAAUGUUAAAGUGAAACAUGAAAUGUACACAUUUAUGGAACAUGCUUUACCUUUACCAGGUUAUUGAUACAUUUGUGCAGUGGUUAGAUAUUUACAGUCAACCAAAUUUCUUGUAAUCUGCCAUAACGGCUCAGAUUCCAUGUGUUUACAUCUCAGCUGGCAAUAAGUGAACAUUAGUUCUGAUGCAUAGUGUUUUACAGAUAGGUUUCUUUGAUACGGUGGGAAAAUUACCAAGCCAAUGCUACAACCCCUUUAAUGUGUGCAAUCAAUGCUUUUCUGAUCAGUAAUAAGCAAACCAUCAACUCCUCGCACCCAUUUCCUUGUUAUCCGUGUUCAAGGCAUCAUCAUAACUUCUUUUUUGGCCUUUUUUUGGGCUUUAUAUCAUUACUCUUGACACAGUGGCUCUUUCAGUUUUAAUGCUACACUAAUGCACAGCAAGAGGGUCUAUGCAUGUCUGUUCAUGCAAAGAGGAAAAAAGCUCUACACAGACACGUAAGUUCAAGGUUGCUGUUUCUAUGAGCCCAUUUUCAACUAAUUUCCCAUCGACCUCUGUUUGCCAAACAUUUCCUUCAUAUAUGUCUCUCAUCAGUACAACGGUACAUUUCUGUUAACAUACUAAUGCAUGCAGGAGUAUAGCUCAUAAUUGUACAGAUGGCAGAUAUAUGAUUUUUUUAUGGUUUGGUCUUAUUUCAUCUUAUUUAUACCAUUGUUUGAGUUUUAAUUUAUAUUAUCUGUUCAUGUUUACAUCAGAUUAUCUCUCUGUUGCCCUGCUGGGUUUCCUCUUAGUGUUGUUUGGCCAGUAGAAAUGGUCACAUUACACUGAAGUGGAAGAUUAUUUGGUAGAGUUUAAAAUAAUGUUCUGGGUUUAAUACAAGUUAAGCUCAUUCGACUGCAUUUGUUGCAUAAUGUUGAUCAUCACAAAAACAUUAUUUUGACUCAUCCUUCAUUUAUUUUUAAAAAUGCGGUUACAGUAAGCUCUUACAAAAUAAGAGAAUAGGGCCAAGUCAAUUAACAUUAAAAUAUACACUGUUUCAAAAAUAUAGACAUAAGACAUAAACAGUAUACAUAUUAACAUGAUUUUAGAGUAAUAAAAUCAAGGAUUUACCUGCGUUAUAGCAGUAGCCAGAUUACAGGGUUUACCAGCAUCAUGUUGUCAUGACAACAGUGUUAUAGCCUAAUUUUGGAAAUAACGUCACACAGAUAGGCUAGAAAGCGAUUUUAUCACUCUAAAAUCACGUUUAAUACAUGUACUGGCUAUACUUAAAUGUUUUUGGACUGGCCCCAUUUGCUUCUGUUGUAUGUGCCUUAGGGUAACCACAGUUGGUGCUUUUUUGCUGUGGUUUUUUCAAAUAAAUAAGGGACGAGUCUAAAUAAUUUUUUGUGGUAAUCAACAUUAUGCCCCAAAUGCUGUCCAGUGAGCUGAACUUUUACAGAACCCAGAACAUUCCUCUUAACAUGCACUCAUGGUAUUUGUUCACCAGAAGAGUUUGUAAGUUUGCUAGAGAUGUGAUUAUUGGGGAAAUUCUUUACACUAAGCUUUGGAGUUUCAUUCGGUCCUAUUGUCAUUCCCUCUCCCAUUGUUGAAGAGUAUCCUGCAUGAAUGUGCAAUAGAAAGCACAGUAUAUUUGCAAAGAAAACUCUAUAAAUCACUGAAUUUGAUUGGUUGAUCAAAUUGUUUAGAAUAUUAUUUUGUGUGCGGUUCACAUGUUUGAAUUACAAGAAAAGGGACCAUUUAUCAUAUCAGCUGUAUUAUUUUCUUAGAGCAGUCUGCCGUAUUGCACCAUUAAUAAUAAGGUUAUGGAUAUACAAACUGAAAAAGAAAAAACAAAUGCUGUGCACAAUAUGGCUUUGUGGUAUGAAUCAAUCAAACAUCCAUUGCAGUGAGCAAUGGGGAAGGGAAGAAAACAUGUUUCUCAUCACAAGUUAAAUGUCUUUUUAACAGGUAAUUCAUCUUGUUAAGGUGUGACCAUCAAAGAUCUGAGAUUUGAACUUACUGUCAGAGAUACCUUUGCUAGAGGCAAGCUUUGAAUUUGUUAAAACCCCAAAUUCAAAGGAGAGAUUGUCUGAGAAUUUUAAACAUGAGUAAAUGAGAGCCGAUCGGACAAUACUAUUGAAUCAAAACUAUGAUUAAUAUUACUUAUAGGAUAUUUUUUUUGUUUUGUUUUGUUUUUUUGGAUUUGGAGUGAUUGUUUUGUUUGAAGUUAUUUAUUUUUUCGUUUUCUGUGUAAAUCUAUUUAUUUAAGCUAACAUCCAGAUUGUAAUUUGUACAGAAUGUGAGAUAGGAAUGUAUUAUGCUUACAGGAAUGUAUCACUGCUUAUUAAUUAGGGUGGAAGCCAUUUUAUUUUAAAAAAAAUUUUUUUUCAUCUUGUUUUGAUAAUGCAUUCUUUUGUGUCUUGUUAAGUUUAUUGUAUUAUAAUUCGGGGUGGUAUUUGUGCUAGUCUCCAGGUCAACACUCCUAGCCCCUAUUUAAUUACAAGUAUUUAAUGUUUUUAUGUAUUUCAGAUUGUGUGCAACGGAAAGGUUUGUGAAGCAAUACUUUAUUCUCUACAAACUUCAGAAUUUCAAUCUUCCAAAGUCUCUUGCUGGGAAAAUCUUUUGAUAACCCUCAAUGCCAAAUGUAAAAAGAAAGGCAGCAUGGUUUCUGAUGUUGGUUGUUAUUUUUAAAUGGUAUCUCGGUGUCUUCAGCUCAUGGUUCAAGCCACAAUUUUGGCGAAGUUAAAAUGAAAUGGUUUCAGGAUAGUGACCACUGGGAUUAUUUGUGUGUGAAUGUGUGUUUGUGAGUGAGUGACAGAAAGUGAAAGAUAGUGCUGUGGGGGGUCCUUACCCUUUUUCUGCUCAUUAAGAAAGGCUGUAUCUUCAGGCUUUGGAGCUGUGCCUUUUUCUAUGCAAUAUUACCUACAUAUUCGUAAAAAAAAAAAAUUUAAAAAAAUUACCCGUCAACUGAUGAUCACUGUAUUGCUUCAAGGUGUGGACUGUAGAAUAUAUAUAAAAUAUGGACAUGUGUCUAUGAAUUUGAAACAGUCUUACUUUUCUAGUUUUAUAUCAUACAAUAAACAGAGAAAAAAUA